UUCCCCCCACCCAGCAACUGCACAACUCCACUGGAAAACCCGACAAGCUGUGUGCACAUAUACAUGCAUAUGUACAUAUGUAUGUAUGUAUUUUCAAAGUAGUCCCCGAUGGUCAUGUCAGCCGAGAUGUCAUAAAUUUGCACGGGCACCAAGAUCGAAUAUUCCAAAUUGAGCUCUGGCGUGUUGUAUUUUUUUUUUUUAAUUUUCAAAUACUGCCGGCGAAGGAAGCACAAUGGACGGCUGCCACAACGACAUCUUGGCGCCCCUCAUCCUGGCCAUUAUGGUGGCCAAUGGACACCCGCUCACCCUGGACGAGAUCGUCGAUGAACUGACCGCAGUGAUCAAUUCGCAAACCGAGCUCGCCAUUGCGCAUGAAAAUAUUGGAGACGGAAAACAUAGCCACAAGUCGUAUAAGCCGAGACGAAGGCACUAAGGAUCUUAACAUGCGUUAUGUGCCAAAUUUAAAAUGCAAUAACUUAUUCAAGAUUUAAGUGAAUUUAAUCUCUUGAACUAUAAUUUAUAAUAAACUGAUCGUGUCGGCGGCGACACUUAUUUCCGUCCGGGAGUGAUGUAGUUAUUUAAUAAAUUUCGAAAACAAA